AUGAUGCCUUCACUGUCAUGGGUCCGAUGGACUGUUUUCUGUCUCCUUCUGGUCUGGAAGAGAACAGCGGCUCACAGUGUGGAGGUGCUUUGCUCCGUGGCACCAGCGGGGCCACUACACCCUGUUCAGGGUCUGCUGGAGAGGUUUGAGGCUGGGCCAGGUUGUGCGGCUAGGGAACGCGGAGACAAGGAAACUCAUGUCAUUGCAGUGGGGAGAGUGACAAACAGCCCUGAAAACAAGGUGACAGUGUUGCUGAAGCGGUUGUCUCCAUCCCCCUCACCUCUCAGAGCCCUCCACCUGCUGCUCAGCUCCAAGCUCCCACUCACCUGGUGGCUGGAGGCUGACGGACUGCCCCCCAACCUGCCAGUGCUGGUGCAGGUAUCCUCAAACUCCAGCGUGGAGUCACGUACUCUGCAUUUGAACGUGCAAACGGUGCAUUCGCUACCUUUUCGUCCCCGUGCGCUGCACCACUGGGCUCUGAAGCACCACGGCAGCCUGUCCUCUCUGACACACGCAACACACGGCAAUCAAGUCUACAUCCCACUGGGAGAGGAUCCCACUCAGCCUGCUGUGUGCCGGCUGCAGUCCAUGUUCCUCUCUCACAACUACCUGACCUCUGAACUGCAGCCACAAGAAGUGCAGGGCUGCACCGGCUCUCCGACAGGUGGGACCGGCCCCGAAGUCCACAUGAUCAAGCUCCAUUCGGCCGGCUCAGGGCUCUGCGGCUCCCUCCAAGUGGAGGUGAUCGUCUCUCUUGUGCCCCUGGUGGCCAACUCAAAGACCCAGACGGUUGUACUUAUUCUCAGCAGCUCCGUGCCAGUCAACUGGGCCAUUGUUGCUCAUGGUGUCCGGGGUCAUAUCUCUGUUCAUUCCUCUAACAGCCUGUCCCCACCCUACCCACCUGAGCCCGACCUAACCCUGUCCAGUACACUGAACUCUGACCUGUCCACCAUACCUGACCUUCUUGCGUGGGUCCGAGAGAGGGGUUAUACCAGGCUGACCUCAUACACCGAGGCUGACCUGGCCAAUCGCUUUGUGAUCCAGCUGGCUGGGGGCGGGACAGACGCGGUUGCCGUGAUGAAUCCUGUGGUGGUGAGGCCGCCCUGGGCCAAGGAGCGCAGGCUGAGGCAGUGGCUGAACGCUGGAGGCGGAGCAGGAGGAGGCCCAGAGAGUUUCACGGUGCAGUGUGAGGACGGACGCCUAAGCGUGACCGUGGACCAACACGUCAUGCAGAGCUUGUCUGUACCAGUGACUGCCGUGACUCUGCAAGACCCAACAUGCCAGGCUCAGUCCAAUGGGAGCCAUUUCCUGUUGGUGUUCCCGGUAAUUUCCUGUGGGACCGAGGGUCUGCUCCUGGGACAGUCGAGAGGGGUGCAGUACAAAAACAUGGUUUUAUUAUGGAGAGACGAGCCUCAGACCAUCCUGUCGCUCAGUGAAACGGAAAUGAAGUCCAAAAGUCCACUCGGCAUAAAUUUUAGCUGUUUGGCUGCAGUCCCAACGCUCACUGGUCCUGCUGACGGGGACAACGUCAACAUAAACACACCUCUGGCAGGGCUGGUCCCCUGGGCAACCGAGAGUCCGGGUCCUAAUCCAGGACUGAGACACCUUCCAACACCCAGACACAGAUCUGAGCCAGUUCUUCUUCUGAAGCUCUUUGUCACUGAGAGCUACAAACAGAGGAGAAGCGGGCCCUGUGUCAUAACUGCAGACCAUCGUGUCUACGUUGAGAUUUCAGCCAAAGGGCCCCUCAUAGAUGCAAUGGAGGUGAAGUCAUGUGUGGUAUCUCCUCUGUCGGACCCUAAAAAGUCUCGUUUCUGGACCGUCAUAAGCGACGGCUGCUCCUCAGACCCCUCACUGACCCUCAGUGCAAAGACAAAAGAUGAAGCUGAAGAGGAAGAAAAGGCCGAAGUUGGUGGUGAUGAAGAGGAAGAUGAAAAGGAGGAGAUGGAUGUAAUGGAAAAAGGCAGAGAUGUAGAUGUCCCACUCCAACACAAAGUUGACAGAAGAGGGAGAGAAGCACCAGAGAGGAUGGAAAAGAGUAGCGCAAACGUGGGAGGAGAGGAGGAGAUACGUCCCCUGAGAUUUAGUUUCAUCCUUCGGCCAGUUUAUAAUGACUCUAUGCAGUUCCUCCACUGCAGCCUCCGUCUGUGUGUCUCAGACCCAAAAAGAGAGGAACCCACAGAGGAAACAGUAAAGAAUGAGUGUCAGGGUGGGCUACAUAUCCCUCCGCUUGUGACUACAUCUUCCAGGCACCAGUGUGAGAUCAGAAACCUCUACAGGCCCAUGGUGGUCACCCGGCCCAUUAGCUCACUGGCACCCAAACCGGAGCCCCCUGUUGGCCAAAGAACCAAGAGAUUGAGUGUCUCACCGAUAGCCAGUCCAGACCCAGAGCACAGCAGUGAGUACCACUUAUUCGGACUGGUGUUAGGAAUUGUCUUCGCUGCCUUUGUGAUGGGCAUCUGCCUGAUGGGGGGGCUGUGGUGCAUCUAUUACUAUACAGGGGCUCGUCGAGCAUCACUUGGAGGAGAACGUCUUGUAACAGACCACACUCAUGGAGGACACGACACCUGGAAUCCACCGUCACCUUCUGAUCAGGCGUCCACCUCGGUGUAA